UUUAAAGCUGACGCGAGAUGAACCAAGAUUUUAAGACGAUUUGCAACUUAUAUUUUCAAAGCUCUGCGACGAUGAUCAAGGAGCUGAACAUAAGCUGCUCUGAUUUUUUUCCAACGGCCCUUUUCAAGGCCAGGAAUAAUCUUUCACGGAACAACUAUUUGAUAUGUUGUAUAUCUUCGUUUAAAAAAGUUUUAGAUUUUCUGUUAAUGCUUUUAUCGUUAAAGGCUUAUUAGUAUAGCGAUUGCCAUUAUGCAAAUCUGAAUCAUUUUUUUCCCACCUUACUAAUCUAAAUCAUAAGUAGACAUUUGUCAUAUUGUACACUGCGCACAUUAUACGUACGUAUGUAUAUAUAGGUGUGCUGCUGUUGGGUAUUAGCAUAGCUAUAGAUAUACAUCUACAGUCUAAUGAACCAAAAACAGUGCCAGUUGGCGAUCAACCGUGCAUCAGCUGUGAUAGUUUACAAAGAAAUAUACCUUUAAUUUAUUUUUAACUCUUUAAUUACUUGUGUUGAGUGUAGAAAAGAUAUUGUGGUUUUGCUGUGAAAUACGUAUCAGUUUGUUUUUCUGUAGCAACUAACUGCAAUUUGCUUAUGACUUUGACACUUAGUAACGUCAACACUGGACUGUGAUUUGGAUAUACGCUUUUUUUAUUAAUAGUUGAUAGCAAAUUUUGAAAAUUUUACAAUGGGAAAUUUAUUAGACUGCUGUAAGGGUUCUUCAUCAUACGAAGACAUCACUCCUGAUCGUGAUACAAUUCGACAACAGCAAGCAGAAGCAGCUGAGAGACGUCUAGCUGAACAAGAAAAAAGAGGAAUUGGAAAUGUAAAUGCUGUAAAAAGACAACAAAAGUUAGCUGAAGAGCGAGAAAAGAGAGAAAAUGAAGCAGGAAAUUUAAAUAACCAAGCAGGACUUAAGUGGCAAAUGAAUUAAAUGUCUAUUCCAAAAUGUUGGAAAUGGUAAAUGUCCAAGAACACUAUUUGCAGAAUAAUUUCUACACGUUAAAUAAUAAUUAUCUCUAACAAGAUAAUUUCUGUCUCACUAUCAAUAUGUAUAUUUUGUUAUAGAAAUAUGUGACUCUCGCGUGAUUUAUUCACAACUUGUAAAGGUCUUUGAAGCGACUGUUUGAAAAAAAUUGAAAAAGACAAAUUGGCAUUGAAAAUACUGUACACAAUUCUAUAUUUGUUAUACAAUAUUUUGAUAGUUCACUUACUUAAUUUAUGUAGUAUUUUGGUACGGUAUGAUUGAAUUUUCAAUACCUUUCACAACACUAAAGGUGUGAAAAAUAUCUCCUAUUGUUAACGAAUAGAAUGUUUGUUGUCUAAAAUUAUUGGUUUGUUACAUUGCUAAACUAAUACGUUACAGUACAAAUAUUUAUUAUGAAUGAAUCUUCAUAUAUCAGUUUAUCAAAGUAGAUUAUUAAACAUAAAACAAAAAUUUAACUUUAAAUUAAUAUAUGCAGAAAGGUAUAUGCAACAAACAGCUUAAUUAUUUUAUAUGUAUGUCAUUGAAUCGUAUUCCAGAUGUAAAGUUUUAGCUACUGUUGAAUAUUAAAGUAUUUAUAUUUUAAUUUUUGUUAGCACUGCAUUAAAAUUUUUAUUAUACGUAGAAAAUUAUGUGAGUUGUUUGUUAAUUAUUAGAAAAUAUGAAUCUAGUCUCGAAAAAUGAAAUCCACAUCUAUGAUACCUUUAAAUAGAAAUGUAAUAUUAGCAAGAAUUUUAUAAAUGUCUACAAGACUUUAAAAAUUUACUAUCAGUGUUGAACAUUUACAUAAAAAGGCAUAAUAAAGACUUUUCAUAAAAUUAUGUAAUACACAUCGAAAAGCCGUAUCCCAAGGCUAUAAAUCUAUACAAUGUUUAAUUUCAAAACUAUUUUAUUUAAAGCAAAUAAAAUUGUGAAAAGUUACAAUAACUUUCUUAAUUAUGCAUUCACUUAGUCACCAGAUAAUGCACGAUUUCAUAAAAAUGUACCGUCUUGAAAAUUUUACAGGUUUAUAGUAUUUUUGUGUAUGUAUAAUAUAUACUUUUAUGCGGAUUUGUUAUAUAAUAUACUUUAUGAGAUUUAUAAAUAAAUCUUGAACAUUCCAUAAAAAAA